UCACCUAAACGUCGAGUCAACGCUCCCAAUAAUCGCUAAUUAUCAUACACUAACAAAGAACGAGGCUUACGAAAACUCGUUCUGUGCUUGUAAACCCUCGAGCGUGAAGCAACAGUCGCCAUCGACGCCCGCCGCGGUCGCCACGCGCCUUACGCAAUGUACGCGUACGUGCUGCUAGCUCUCGCUGGCCUAAUUUACCCCGCCGGGGGGAAGCCCGCCUGCGUGCCCCACGCGCGACAGAACUUCACCGAGCUGGCGAGGGCCAGCGGCCUCGGGGCCCUCGAGUACGAGGUCCAAACGGACGACUACUACUUCCUCAAGCUAUUCCGAAUCCCCGGCGCGGGCCCGCCCGUGCUGCUCAUGCACGGCAUCUUCGACUCCGCCGACACGUUCGUCGUCCGUGGCAACGGCUCCCUGGCCGCCCACCUGGCGCGGCGCGGCUACGACGUGUGGGUCGGCAACGCGCGCGGCUCGUGGUACUCCCGCCGCCACCUCUACCUCGACCCCGAUCGCGACGACGAGUUCUGGGACUACAGCUUCCACGAGAUCGGCGUGUCCGACCUCCCCGCGAUGAUCGACUUCGUGCUGGAGAAGACCGGCCGCCCCCGGCUGAGCGCCGUCGGCCACUCCCAGGGCAACACGAUCUUCUACGUGCUGGGCGCGAUGCGGCCGGAGUACAACGCGAAGAUCGACGUGAUGAUCGCCCUCUCGCCGGUGUGCUUCCUGAACAACCUGAGCCGGGCCGUGUCGAUCCUGACGGAGGCGUUCCCGCUGAUUAGCGGGUUCCUGGCGGUGGCGGGGCGGGAGGAGGUGUUCGGGGAGGGGUCGGUGGCGCGCGUGCUGUACGAGGAGGUGUGCGGGUGCGGGCGCGGGUACGACGUGUGCGCGCGCCGCCUAUACUUCCCCAUCGCCGGCGCCGACCCGCACGAGCUCGGCCCGGACUUCUUCCCCACGGUGGUGCGCCACUACCCCACGAGCACGUCCCGCAAGAACUUACUGCACUCGGCGCUUCUCAGCUUGCGCAAGAGUUUCUCGCAGUACGACUACGGUCCGCUGAACCUGGACUUGUAUAACAGCACGCGACCGCCCCGGUACGAACUGAGGAACGUCGCGAUGCCGAUCGCGCUGCUGGUAGGCCAGAACGACGGGCUGUCGGCGGUGAAGGACGUGGAGGCGCUGCGGGACAGCCUUCCUAACGUGGUGGAGUACGUGGUGCUGCCGUACGAGCGGUUCAACCACGUCGACGCCGUGUGGGGCCGCCACAUGAACAAGUAUCUGUUUCCCUACAUAGAUCGAGUUCUGCAGAAAUACGCGUCCGACCGGAAUAUCACGAAACCUGAAGCGUGACGUAAUCUACGCCGAGUAUGUCAGUGAUAACUGAUAAGUGAUAGCAUGACAUUUUGAUUUCGAAGUGCUGUGAUACGAUCGAUUUUCUAUUGUCGAUAUUAUUUUUAAGAAC